AUGUUCGGACUCAUCAUUCCAGGAAGGCCCUGCUUUGCAGAUUUUCAACUUGUUGGAGAGCAUCGUUGGAUGGCUCAAGUUGUAGAUAAGAUCAAUGGCCAAUCAAUAUCGGAAAUGAGUCUUUUUAUUUUACCGAAUGCUUCAAUGGCUCCUCCACCUUACCAACCAUUCGGUUUUACAAUUUAUAUUUCAAAAGAUGCCCAAAAUUGGGAAUAUGUUGAUUUUCUGUCUUUGGAAAAGCAAAGCACUCAUAUUCACAUGCCAUUGUCAUUUAACACAAGUUCUUCCAGUGGAUUGUUUCAAGAUUUUACAUUUCAACAAUCGGAUUCGAACGCCGUAUUUAUCGGAAUAUCACUAGAGCCAAUGGAUACAAUUAAUAAUUUAACGUUCAAUGCUCAAGGAAAGCAACAGAGAGAACAAAAUCAAGUCCAACAAUUGGUUCAGUUUAUUGCAAAAGAUUUAUUUAAUUAUAUGGCUAGUUUUACAAAGCCAAUUCAAUUCCAAACUGGAGAGAUGAAAGAUAUGUUAAUAAUUCCAACAAAUUGUAUUGACACUUGGUUACAAAAGUUCUUAACCAAACUUCGAAAUAAUCCUCACUUUUAUAAAUACCAAACUGAAUAA